AUGGCUCUGCGCCGGUCAUCGCAGUUCCGCCCCGAAGAUUUACCCACGCCGGACAGACCACGCAGACUUGAUCACACACAAGCAUGCAUGGACAAGGUCGAAGUUCACAUUCCGCAGUACAGCUCCGAGGAGCGGGCCCCAUACAUUGCUGCAUCUGGGAGUCGCACGAAGGAGUUGUUCAGACUUUGGGCGAGGACGCUGACACCGGAGGACAUGAGCUACUGCAAGGGAAUGUUGCAGGAGAGCAGGCGACUCGAUGGACGAUACGGGUCGAUCUGCAGUGGGAUGGACAUCGGGGCGAUCGUCAUGAAGCAAUUCUGGGAAUGGGCACGUUUUAAGUUUGAGCUGGAUGCGUCGGGCUUUUCUCACAAAUUUGCAUGCGAGCAGGACGAAUCCAAACGCAGCUUCCUUUUGGCAACACACCCGGAGAUCCAGAACAUGUUCUGUGACGCCACGGAGUUGACAGCAGACGCAAAGGUCCUUGACACAGUGACAAACACCCAUGUAGAAGUGCCACUCUGUACAGUCUUGACAGCAGGCUUCCCUUGUCAGGAUUGCUCGGUCCUGAACCCAAACUCGUCCUCGUCGGCCAACAGAUCCUGUGUUGCAGCAGGAACCCUUCGUACAGGCUCUGUGCUGCAAGGCAUCGUUCGCUACCUCAAGACGAUGGGCCCCAAAGGACCGAAGUUCUGUUUUUUUGAGAACGUCGCUGGACUCAAGGCCAAGGCCAAGGACGAGCAAGGAAACGUAGGACAUUCGAAUUUGGACCACGUCGGACACUUGCUGGACACCGAGACAGAUCGUCUUCUGCAUGUCUGGGAACUGGAUCCCCGAAUGUUCGGUGUACCUCAAAGUCGCAAGCGGCUUUGGAUGACGGCCAUUCCUCGUCGGUUCUUCCGAGGACUCGUUCCAGAACCCGAAGUUCACAAGAUGCUCAACACCAUCAUGAACACUCUGGCGGGCUUCACGCAGGCCAUGCUCUCCCAGUAUUUGGUUGAGCCGAGGUCGUUGGCCCUGACGAAGUUCCACACAGAGUACGAAAAGAGGUUAAAGCAGAUCCAGACUCGACGGGCUCGGCGCCGGGCAGCAGCUCAACCCUCUGACCUUGGUGCAAAUUCGCAGGACACAGUUGCAAACCGGCGACAAUCCUUCGCUUCAUCUUAUCAGUCCAGCCGAGCAGGAAGCACUGGCCGGCUGAGCACGUGUUCCUCGGGGACCCGGCUGCUGAAGCGGGAGAAGAUCGUGACAAAGGAGUGGUUAAAGAAGUUCCGCCGGGCAGCGCGGUCCAGGCCGUACUUGAAGUGUAUGACGGCCCGCAAACGCAGGACUUUGUUCAAACUGCAUGUGAAGGACUUCCCGACUGAAGACACGAAGGUCAUCGACAUCUCGCAGGACAAGUUUGCCCACUCGACGAGCCAUUCCCCGUGCGUGACCCCGAAGGGCGAGCGGUACUUGACGUCGGAGUGCCGCUCCAUGGUGCCGGAGGAAUCCUUCCGGCUGCAGGGCGCAUGGCUCAGCAGUGAAUCACUCGAGCAGUUCCCGCAGAGCCUCCUCGCAGAUCUGGCUGGCAAUGCCUUCGAAGCCAGUUGUUUUGCAGCGACGUUCUGGGCCACGAUGGUCUGCUAUGGACGACUCCAUGUACUCUCGCAGAACAACCCGUCAUCACACGGUGUAGCAGUGGAGCCCCGCCGAGCACCCGAAGUUCAAGCCUUGAGGACGUACGACACACCGGACUUCGACUCGCAGGUCCUGCUGGACUUCAGUGACCACGAGGACUCUCGAGUCCAGAUGGAGUGA